AUGGCGAAUACUGAAUCUGAUAUUACAAGAGUACUAGGUGGGAUCUAUGUUGGUGGUAUUCAACCAAUUGCGAACCAUGUUCCACUGAAAGUGAAUUAUCAGAUCACUCACAUCCUAUCAGUGAUCAAAUUUGAGAUCAUUCCAGAAUACUUGGUCAGGAAGAGUUAUACUUUGAAGAAUAUUCCUAUUGACGAUAAUUUGAGUACAGAUGUGUUGCAGUAUUUCAAUGAAACGAAUAGAUACAUCGAUUCAUGCCUGUUUCCCGAUGAGAUAGAGCUUGACCGAGUGAAGGUUGAUUUCAAAAAGAAGCCCCAAAAGGGUGCCAUAUAUAUACACUGCCAAGCAGGUGUAUCCAGAUCUGUUACGUUUGCAGUAGCGUAUUUAAUGUACAGAUACGGGUUCAAUUUGAAGACAGCUUUACAUGCAGUGAAGAGGAAACGGAGCGUAGCUGAACCAAAUGAGAACUUUAUGGAGCAACUGAAGCUGUAUGAAGCCAUGGGUUCGAAUAUAGUGGAUGUCGAGAAUAAAGACUAUAAACAAUGGAAAUUACAGAAUUCCAUUAAAACUGAUCCCUUGGGAGCCAAUAUCAUGGCUCAAAAUGAAAUGUAUAAGUCUGAAGAAGUUGAAGCUGAAAAGGUAGCUAAGUUAUCGAAAGAGGAAGUAGAAGAUGUUUCUGCGAUCCGUUGCAAAAAAUGUAGGUUUAGACUUGCAUUUUCCACUUCUUUCAUUAAGCAUGAUCCUCCAAGUAAGGAAUCAAUGGAAGGUCAUUUCAUUAGGAGGGCCGCAGGAUCUAGAAGAAUUAUUGAUAUUCAACAAUCACAAGACCGUUGUUCGCACUAUUUCGUGGAGCCUUUGGAAUGGAUGAAGAAAGAAUUACAAAAGCAAGAGCUUGAAGGUAAAUUUUUCUGUCCGAACUGUGAUAGCAAGAUCGGAGGUUACAAUUGGAAAGGUUCUAGAUGCAGUUGUGGUAAAUGGAUGAUUCCGGCAAUCCAUAUCCAAACAGCUAAAGUCGAACAAAUAGCAUUAACUAGGAAAGACCUACCUAAUUUAGUAUCGUUUGAAGAAUAA